AAGAGGCCCAGGUUAUGAGAGCCAUUUGAUUUCCCUUCUUAGAGAAGACAAAGAAUCCAACUGAGGACUCGGCUCAUCGUUGGCAUAAAACAGCCGAUCGCGAUGUGCAGAGAGAUAGAUGGAGUGUCUCAUGAUGCAAUGGCUCCAGGUAUACAUAGGUACCGUCAUAACCAAGGCCACCCGCGUCAGUGUCCCCCAACCAAUCAUUCGCCACCCAUUAUAAUUACCAAGGACGGUUCAUUGUUGCCGUGCAGGGUUUUUGUCAUGUUUUUCUGGAAAUUCCAUGGACGAGAAAGACGGAUCAAAGAUACUGGUAUCUGCACGGCCACAACGGAUAACCCAGUCUGGCUGCUCCACGUACGACGGAUUGGUGUCGUGGCGUGGGUGACUAUUAAUACCAACGGUCUGGCCCGGCGGGAUCUGCCCCCCAUUUGGUCAUUUUGGGGUCGAGAGGACUGGAGGAUGGGAACAAAGAGGGAAAGGAGUGGAGACGGGGGAGGAAAUAGUUCGACCAGCCCCAACGGACCCAAAGAACUCAUACACCGACACUCUUGAUUUCUCAAAUUGUGUCCGUGGAGGUAAGAUUAUACCAUGAUGUAGAUUCUCAUGUAAAAGGUGCGAUCGUAAAAGCGAGUAGAAGGCAGAUCGUCAGCCAUUAUCAUGGAGGGAAAGAGUGGAGCGAAAGGCGGAGUACCU